GCGUUGCUGGCGUUGUCGCGGCGGUGGUCGUGGAGUUUGUAGUUUGAGUGUCGUGAAAGUCGUGAACUUCCCAUUAAUUUAAGUUUCGACGUUUAGUCGCUAUGUCACUGCGGCAUUGAAGCAUGGAAACGUCAGUGUGCUCUUUCAUGAAAGCCUGCCUGGACUCUUACGACGCUUUGAGAGGGAAAUGCCCCAAAAAAGAAAAUGCCGCCUUUUGGGACGCCGUGAUCAUCUCUGCUGCAGACGAACAGCAGGCUGCGGCAUUUAGGCUCCAAGUCCAGAGGAAAAGGGAACGAGGACUUCUGCCACUCGUUCCAUACCACGUGUUUGCAGACCUUCCAGGAGCCAAGAUGGGGUCCGGAGGAGCCACACUUCACAUUUUGGAACGCCUGGCCGAGCUGUACGGCGACCGGUCCUUCGCGAUGAGGAUGCUGCUCAUCCACACCGGCGGGCAGAGCAAGCGGCUUCCCAGCCACAGCGUGCUGGGGAAGCUGUUUGCGCUGCUCCCACUGCCCGCUGACACGGAGUUCCAGAUGCUUGACCUCAAGCUCGCCAUGUACGCGCCGUUCUUGGCGAGGAUGGCACCCGGCUUCUUCCUCACUUGCUCCGACGACAUCGAGACCUACGCUCUGCCAGUGGCUUCAGAGGGGAGAUGGACGUUUGAAGGUGCUGGCUUCACGGCCUUGGCGCAUCCGUCACCGGUGUCACUUGGGCUAACUCAUGGCGUCUAUGUGCUUCCGGAGAAUCCAGGAGCUAGUUCCGCCUGUGUAACCACCUCCUGUUUGGAAGUGCUUCAGAAACCCACAGAGGAAGUCAUGCGGAGAAAGGGCGCCAUUGUCACCCUGACAAAAGAAGAUGGGUCCCGUGAAGAAAUUGCCUUUACCGACAGUGCCUUCUUCUUCGACUCUACGGUAAUGUGCCGGAUGCUCCGGUUCUACGAGAAAGUCAAGCCUCUUUCCUACGAGAUAGACGCUUAUGGCGACUUCCUCAAGGUGCUCGGCACAAAAGCCAGAGACGUGGGCAACGUCGACGCGCCGGACGGUUGCGGAGACGCAAAGCCGAGCAUCCGAGAUGCGCUCGGGAGCUCGGACCUACGAGUGAUCGUGCUACCCUCGUCGAGGUUUUAUCACCUCGGUACGACCCUGGAGUACAUCGAGAACCUCUGUACGAGUGAGACCUUUGAGCGUGAGUUGGGUACGUCCAGGUUCGUGUUGAGCAGAUUGGUCGGCCCAGCCGUCGAGCAAAACGCUCCCAGUCGCAUUGAGGGAGUUGUCAUGGGUUCUUCGUUGCACUCCGGAUGCAUCGUCGGAUCGACGGUCGUAAUUGAACAUUGCCGUUUCGAAACGCCGGUUUCUGUUCGUAAGAACUGCAUCGUAAGUAACUGCAGGUUAGCCGGUGACAACGAAGUGCAAGUGGACGUUCCGAAUGACUGCAUCAUUUUCACUGCCUGCGUUACAAAGUCGGACGCGAGCGGCUAUGUCACGGUCGCUUUCGGUGUCCGAGACGACUUGAAGCUCGUGUCGAAAGAAAGGGAAAGUUUGUCGUACUUUGGACGGAGGAUCGGGGAAUUGGCGCGUUCCGGUACGGUCGACUUAAGUUUAGUGUUUGAAGAGUACUCCGACGCAUGUUCGCUGUGGGAGGCGAGACUCUUUGCUGUGAAGCCGACCAUGAGCGAAGCGUUUUUGUCGACAUUGCACUUCGUUCAGCGUGUGCUCGCCGGAAACAGCAGCGACCAAUCUUGUCAAGUUUGUGAUUUGAAAGUGAGCAUGAGAGACAUUGUAAUGUGGAAAGACAUACCCAGAAUCAUCAGUCACCAGGAUAGCAUAUUUGACUGAAGCAGUGGGAGUAGUGCAUUUUGCUUGGUGAAGAGCGGCUAAUGCAGCUGUCGGAGGCUGACUUCUACCGUUCGUGGAAUAAAAAAAAUAAACAUCACAUUAUCACUUUCAAGCAGUACA